GCUGGGGGGCGUCAGGCCGCGUGAAGGUAAACAGAGUGACGCCAGAGUUUUGCAGUGGUGGGGAAGAGCAUACGUCACAGGCAUAAUGGCGGAGGCUGGUUGAGAAGGAGAAUUACUCCGUGAAGCGGCACUGAAACCAACUUCAUCUCCAGCUGACGAGGUGACCGCUGGUCCGAAAAAUGGCUAGCAAUUUCAGCCAGGAGAGAAAAAUCGACAAGGAGAGCAGCAAAGCCGGCGGCCUAACCUUGGAGGAUGGCGAUAGCAAGAAACAAUUGUUGUCAGCCUCUAGCACGGCCACAUCCAAGCAAAAUGGCGAUCAAGCUGGAUGUGAAGACGAGCAAAUGUCUGAACAAGAUGCUUCUGAGCGACGGAAGGCAGGACUGGCAGACCUAAAAAACUGCGGCGGUUCUCCCUCGACACUCCCGCGGUCGACCGAGGAGCUGCCAAGGAGGAGCUUUCAGAUUCCGAGGAAAAUCAAGGAGCGGAAAGGCCUCCUCCAGCACUUGUCUCCAGAAUCCAGAGAGUUUGAGGAAGUUGUGAAGCUUCUGUCCACGUUCUACUUGGACGCCACGUCUCGUGGGACUUUCACCUACACCAAAGCGUCUCUCAUUCGCAACGAGCUCCUGGAGAAAGAGUUCAUCGAGAAGAAAAGGGAACUGAAGCAGAAUGGCAGGACAGAGGCAGAACUCGCAGAAUCAUAUGCUUUUCUGCUGCCUGAGAGGAAUAAGGCUCACUGGAUCUGCGAAAAGGGUCUUUCUGUGGGACAUUCGCGGAUCAACAAUCUGGGAAGCCCUGUUAAAGGGGUUUACCUCUCAAAAUACUCAGAUUUGUUACAAAUGAAUCCAUUUGAAGUGGGUGCUGCUGGAGACAUAAUCAUAUUUAAAACCAUGAAGGGUAAAGUGAAGACAAUAUUUGACAACAUGCCCAAAAACAAUCUUGAGCCGACCCUUAAAUAUGACAGCCAUGUCUUCAAAAAUGCCAGCAAAGUGACCUCAUUAUUGUCCUAUAGGGCCUUUGAGCACACUCAGCAAUACUUCUAUGAAUUUGCAUUUGAGGAGCUCAGGUCAAGGCCCAGGCAUGUGUUGCCAUAUGCGGUUGUGUCUUUUCAGUUCAAAGGAAAAGAGUCAGCCACAGCCACACACAGUAGAUUGAACAGCAUGUUACAUGAAGGUCAAAGAGUUCGGCGAAGAUAUACGGUUUGGAGUGGCUCGCUGGUGAAUAAGGGCGAAGAGGUCCAUCAAGUGUACAUCCGGUCUUCAACUCUCCCUCACCUUCCACUUAAACUCCCAGACAAGCUUGACAUUAAUACGGCUAUGCAUCUCGAUCAAGUAAAGAGAAAGAUCCCGCCCAUUCUGCUGUCGUGGGAAGCGUACAGUGGAUCGCGAGAGGCAUUUAAGUGUGGGAUGUACUGCAGCCUGUAUGAGGUCAUUGGGAGGAGUAAACAGGAAAACAGUCUGUCGGGACUGUUGCACCGGCUUGAGAGAGAACGAAUGGUUUUGGUGAAGCCAUUGAUAGACAAAGGAUUUCUCUUCCUCCUUUCGUCUUCUCAGUUGCACACUACCACCGACCGGCGAGGAAGAAAUGACAGGGUUUUGCUGGCGCUUUUUGUAUUUCAAGAGCAAAGAAUCACCUCGAGGUUGAUUUUGAAGAACUCUGGUGUAGAUGAGGACCCUCUUGUUCCAUUAGAGCCUAAAGACCCAAUCAGCCAUCAGCUAGAUAAUUUUAUACCUGCCCUGCAUCAUGGCCUCUUCAAGCUGCGUGCCAAUCCACCCAAAGAGCUCGCGGCGGGGCUGAAACAUCAGGUGCUGGACUACCUCAACCAGAAAGAGCAAGGUGUCUUACGGCCUUUCCACAUAGCAGAGUACCGGCACAGUUUGGAUGACCGGACUAACCAACACCAGGCUCCCCGUCCUAAGAAUAUGGAUGUGGCACUGAACUCUUACAUAUAUGGUCCGGGACAGUUCCAGCUGCCCGUGGAAGCACUGCAGCAGGGUCUGGUGGACAGCCAACAGGGGGCAGCGUCUCCCCCAGCAGGUGCAGAAGAGUACAGUCCUGUCUCAGACUGGGGAGGGUCGGAUAGACAGGUGCCGAGUAGCAGCACGAUUGGGGUUUCUCAGUCUAAUGGCGGCGCUCAGAGGCCACAGGGAGAGUAUGACAAAGAAAAGAUGGAAAAAUUACUAAAGCUGAUACAGUUACAUAAGCGGACUUUGGGCAAGGACGAGGGGCCUGAAAGAGAAGAGGACUGGGACGCUGCUGGCUUGAAGAGGAGGCUGGAGAGUGAAGGUCCUGGGGGCGUGAGCAAGUACCUAAGGAUGGAUCUGCUGAAUGGAGAACCAGGAAGAGUGGUGAUGGACAGCAUGGGGCUGUGUGACACGGACCUGCGGGAGCGCGUGACUCAGAGUCCCACCCUCCGGGACACACAUGCCUUGCUUAAACUCUUCCUCAGCACGCUCAACAGGAUGGCCCAGAACUCUAACACUGCCAGCAGCCAGCCUGCAGUGCUGCCUAAAAGCACAGAGAGACACGACCCCAGUGACUCAGCCGCCCACUGUGAUCUUGACCUGCGUGCUGAAGAAGAGCCGGUUAACCAGGAUUACUUGGAGGAGCAGAUGGCCUGCAGCAGGAGCAGUAUGGAUGUGUACAGUCCUUCAUCCAUUCUGGAGCAGCAGCCCUCCCGUCAACCAGAACCCCCACAUCAGAGCCUCCCUCUCUGGAGAACGUCCACCAGAGCUUUAGAGGGUGUUGGUGAGCCUUGUUUGAGUGGAGUGGAGAAGCAGGUACACUCUACACAGAAAGUAGUUGACACUAUCCUCGACAGUGAGUUCCAGAACCUCUGCACUGGGGUCCAGAAUCUGAUGGAGGCCCAACGUAUAAUUUACAACCAUCAGCCUCCUUUGCCGCGAUGUGAGGAUCAGGCUAAAUGGUCAAGCUCUGCAUUCUCACCUUUUGUAUCCAAAUAUGUCUCAUCAAUGCCUGUGCAGAGCUACGUUAACACACUCUGUGAAAAGAUGAACCAUUUGAUCAGGGCUCCCAUGGCAUCAGUACAACCCGUGGCUGUUGUCUCACCACCUGCUGUUGCCCCAGUGCCCGCCCCCUUGCCACCUGCUCCGCCCCCUUCUGCCAUGCCAGCUCCUGCCCAACCCAUGCUCCCCUCACCUCCUGUUCAUCCUCACACUAAAACAUCAUCUCCAGUGCCUAAGUCUCAGGCUGUGUCGAGCAAGCCGCAAGCUACCCUCAAACCUCCUCCUUCAAGCAAGCGUCGCCUCGGCACUGUCAAAGAGGUCCACCUGUUUUCAGCAGAAAAAUCAGCUGACCCCAAGAGUACAGAUGUCGUGGAAAAUCCUGUGUGCUCCCCAUCAUCUGGAAGUGCCAGUCAACCUCCAGUUGCUCCAGUCCCAGAGAUUCCCUCAGAGCCUACUCAUGCAGGAACCUCAAGCACUGUGGGAGGCAGCGUUAUUGGGCAAAUCAAGCCUGAUGUUUUGUGCACACUGAUGGAGAUCAUGCAGAAAAACGCAGUCAAGUUUUACAUUCAAAGAGGAGAUGAGGAAAGCGAACUCUGCACUGAGAUCAAGGAAUAUUUACGCAGCCUUGGCAAUAUUGAUUGCAACCCUCAGAGUUACCUGGAGAGUAAAAGUCAGCAGAAGUUCAUGAUCAUUAUUCAGAAUGAGGAUAUAGCCGCUCAUGUACAUAAGAUUCCAGCACUGGUGUCUCUGAAGAAAUUGCCCACAGUUUACUUUGCUGGAGUGGACAGCCUGGAUGAUGUGAAAAAUCGCACUUACAAUGAGCUUUUCGUGUCUGGAGGACUCAUUGUGUCGGAUGAGCUCAUUCUCAACCCUGACAAUAUAACACUAGAGAAGCUACAGGCAUUUCUCAAGUUCCUGGAAGAACAGGGCUCACCUUGGAAGUGGAAGGUGCACUGUAAGACUCAGAAGAAGCUCAAAGAGCUCAGCAGGUUAAACACUGAGGCGCUGGAUCUGUUGAACCUGCUGACGACCUACCAGAAGAAACACCUGGUGGAGUUUCUGCCUUAUCACGAGUGUGACACUCCAUCUAGGCAGGCUCCUGAUUUGGACUGUCUGGUCAAGCUGCAAGCUCAGCACACACAGCUUCGACACAUCAUUUUCCUCACAGAAAAGCACGAUGAAACAUUCUCCCAGUUCUCCGGUAGUGGAGUCAUCGUUGCAGGUAUGAAUGACAUCAUGAACAACUUCCAGAGUUUGAUCAGUGUCCCGGAAGAAGUAGCAGUGGCUGCCCUACCUGAACCAGUGGAGCCUGAUGCGGUUCGAGAUGAGGAUGACAUGUCAAUAGACUCUGAAGAUGACAUGCCCAUUAUCACAGAGACGUCCAUUCAGCCUGAAAAUGACCUUAAGGAACCGCAGGCACCUCAGCCCCCUCCACCCCAGACCGAUGGAUUUCGUCCUCCCCUCCCUGACCAACCCUGUGUGAACCCCAUUAGUGAUCCACUUGUACCACCUAACCCUUCCGCCUACCCUAUCCAGGGCUCUAUCUCCACUGAUUAUGCAGCUCUGAAGUCUGCCAUCGCUCAAUAUAAAGCUGCCAGUCAGGAGAGCACCUCUAUGCCUGAAGUAGAGGACACCCUGGCCAGUUUCGGUGUGAAUCCCCACCAGAGCUACCUGUGUUCCAGCUCGGCACAGUGGAGCCCUUACUCUGGUUCUCCCGCGUAUCAUAUGUCCUCGGCAUAUUCGUCUCCAGUUAGCGUGGCCUCCAGGGGAUCAGAUUACAGCCAAACUGUUGCUCCUCCUGGGACCCAAACUCCAACAAACACCUCCACCAUACCAGUUCCUCAACCACUCACCGUUCCCCUUUCCCUCCCUCAGCCCCCAGUUAGCUCAGUGGAGGUGCCUUCUAUUCCGGAAUCAGCCACCUCUCUUCAGCCGCCCGGACAGUCCUUACCCAUUCCUGACAGCGUGGGAGUGCCUGGGGUGGCAGCGGCAAGCACUGCUAACCAGUUAGGACUUGCUGGCUCUCAAACUGCUAAGAUAGGUGUAGAGUCUGCUUCCUCAUCCACUGCUUCUUCCUUGUCCUCUCUUCACACCACUUUUCCUUCCUAUCCAGAUACUACUCUUUUUCCAGCCCUCACCCCAAUUCCCCCUAUUCCACCGCUUUUCGGCUGGGGUCCUACAGCAGGAGCCCAGCAGGGUUACGCGGCUGGACAGAGUGGGGCAGGAUUCGGGGCUCUACCUUCCACCCAAGCUGAGGCCGCAAAGCCUGCUGAUAGAUCAUGGGUAGGAGCCACUGAGAGCGAAACCGCUCGUGGACAAGAGGAAGAAGGUGCCCCUACUUCAGCGACUUCUAAAGUUCUCCAACAGGAGGCUAGUGGAGAGAAAGGAGGUGCACUGGGUAGUUCAACCUCAUGUGGCCAAGGCAGCAGAACUCCAGUGAACUCGUCCUCUGAAAGUCGGGGCGGCAGUCAGGCCCCUCCCACCAGGGGCGGCACUGCCAGCAGAGGACUCUUACCCAUCCCUGGAGCCCCAAUGAGAGCCUUGUGCCGAGGAGGACACAACAAUAGCAUGUACAAUCCCAGAGGGGGACAUCCUGAUAUGAUGCGUGGUGGUUUCAGGGGUCGAGGAGUACCGCCACAUCCCAUGAGAUCUAGACCGGGUCGGGGUCACAUGAGAGGGGGCCCAUCCUGUAACUGGGGUUAUCCCCCUGGGAGGGGAGGGGGUGGUCGGUCAGACUACUAUUCGGACUACACCUAUAACUAAAUGCCAUAGGGAUGCCCUAUAGACUACUGGCAUUAGGAUUGUACAUAUUUAACAUUAAGAGCACAUCAAAUCAAAAUACCAUCAUCUGAAAUAAAAACACAAAAAAUUGAAAUCUGGUUUUGUAUGACUGAGAUUGGUGACCCAGACAUUGGCCAGAAUUUCACUGUUGUCAGUAAUGCUCUUCCUAAACCAGAUGUUUGAAAAACCUUGUUCAUACCACUAUAUUUAUAUUGCCAAGAAAUGUAAUUGCCUUUCAAUGUUUCAUUUUUGUCAAUACUUUUCGUUCGGAUUUUCAACAAGGAAAUGGUUUGUGAACAAGGAGCAAAAAGCAGACAAUAUUUUUUUAAAGAGAAAAAGUGAGUCAUUCUUCAUUUUAGCAUUUUUUUUUUUUCAUUCUUGGUUGUACAGUUCUAUUAAAACAAGGUUGUAUCAAA